CUUGAACAUCGAAUGGGUCAGUACCGUCAAAAUCUCAAAAAUUGGCCAGGGGAUACGAAUAGUUACCUAACCUAACUUCAACAGCCAGAUCCGUGCGCUUUCACUUCUCGGAUCUCGGACCCGUUCAAAUACGAAAUGGAGCCCAGCAUAGCAAAGCGACGCAAAUUGGAACAUGCAGAUGGUGGACCAACUUUCGAAGCUGUAAAUGCGACAACUUCAACGAUGGGUGCUUCCGGCGCAAGCGCAUUCAUCUUAGAGACAGAAGAGUUACUAAAGGAAGUAAAAUUCGAUUAUGGCAAAACGUCCUCCGAUGUCGAGGAUAUCUUGCGACAGCUUAAAGAUGUCAUUGAAGCUUCGGAACCUCACGAGCCCCUUCCUAUUGGCGAGGUGUCGGCGAAGUUUGAAAAGACGAAUCGAAUUACUAUUCCGUAUCCUGAUCCGCAACCCGCGAAAGAUGCCCCGUAUAAGCUCUCCUUCGACAAGCCAGCUGAGGUCAACGUGGCCGGCAGCUGGAUUCUGAAAACCAACACAAAGUCCCAACCGGAUAUGGCAGUUGACAUGAUCGUUGUUAUGCCUUCCUCCGUAUUUCAGGAGAAAGACUACUUGAACAUGAGAUAUUUCUAUAAAAGGGCGUAUUACUUGGCUUAUAUUGCCGCUGGUCUUCGCGAAGAGUUGGGUACCACUAUUGAAUUCGUUUUCGAUCACAUGCAUGGGAACAUGUUAUUACCGAUACUGGUUGCUCGACCAAAAAACACCGCGAACGGAGAUGAUGGUUCAGAGAAGUCUAAUUCCCGUCGAAAAUCUAUCCCGGCGAUCCGCAUAAUCCCAUGCGCCCCAGAAGAUUACUUCCCAGCAGGAAAACUCACGGCAGUCAGCAAUGCUAUACGACCAGGCAAAUCCGAAGGAGGUGAGGACACAAAGGCGCCUACACCUUUUUAUAACACAACUCUCAAAGCCGAGGGCCUUUUCCCCUCUUAUUUGCGAUUACUCUAUCGAACUGUGAAGUCUUGUUCUGCGUUUAAAGAUGCAUGCGUUCUAGGACGUAUAUGGCUCCAGCAGCGCGGAUUCAACGGUAAUAUCAGCAAUGGCGGGUUUGGUCAUUUCGAGUGGGCAGUCUUGAUGGCUCUUCUCUUACAGGGCGGAGGCCGAAAAGGAGAAGCGGUACUUUCGUCUUCAUUACAUAGUACACAGCUAUUCAAGGCUACUCUGCAAUACAUCGUUUCGGCGAACCUGCAGAAGAAGGCUUUGGUUAUUGGCAAGGACCCUGUCGAUACAGACUCUCUUCGUCAGGCGAUGCCAGUCCUACAUGAUACGGCUCGUGGAAUAAACAUCCUCUACAAAAUGACACCAUGGUCUAUAGCCAUGCUAACCGAACAAGCCAAGUGGUCACUUUCUGCAAUCAACGACAGCCCACAUGACCAGUUCGAUCCUUUAUUCAUUGUCAAAGCCGACCAACCUCUGCAGAUAUUUGAUAUACUCCUGAGUGUCAAACUUCCUACCUCAAAGGAAGGGGUCGAAUCGGUCGACCGCAAGGGGUUCGUUUGCGAUUUCAGCACCAAAUUAUAUAACACAGUAAAAAGGGCGUUAGGCGAGCGAGCACAGUUAAUCCACAUUAGCGUACCAGAAACGGCGACGUGGCCAGUUUCGGCAAGUAUACCGAAGACGAAAAAGGCAAGCCUUCUCGUUGGGAUUAUUAUAGAUCCCCUGAAAGCAUCUCAGGGUCGUGAUUAUGGUCCACCGUAUGAACAGAAGAAAGAAUCAGCCAAAUUCCGUGAGUUCUGGGGCGAGAAGGCAGAUCUUUGGCAAUUUCCCGACGGGAAUAUUGUUGAGAGCCUUGACUGGACAGAAUAUAGCUACCUGGGCUUCCCCGGAAUAUGCGAGGCUAUUAUACGAUACAUCCUCAAGCUACGACUCCAAGUAGGUGAUGGCGAUCUUGAGUUCUACGGGCAAGAUAUGCCCAAAGUCAUAUCGUUUGCACCCUCGGAAAAGGUGGCCUUCGAUUCCGCUAGACAAGCGUUCGAGAAUCUUGAGCGAGAUAUUCGUAAUCUAGAGGACCUACCAUUGCAUGUAAAGCAAGUAGCACCUAUCAGCACAGCUUUACGGCGCACAUCAAUAUCCGUACCAGAAUUCAACUUCAGAAAGCCUUUACUGCAGCCGAUGGAAGUCGUGGUUUCUUUUGAGGUAUCCGGCAAAUGGCCUGAAAAUUUAGCAGCUAUCCAGAGAGCCAAGGUUGCGUUCUUGUUAAAAAUUGCCAGCUCCUUGGAAGAAGUCAAGGAGGAUGUUAAGACACAUCUGGGGCUGGAGAAUACAACCCGCGACGACGAAAACCUGGCAUUCUUAGACAUAGUCUACGAAGAUGGUGCUUCUUUCAGGCUCCGCGUCUUUAGCGAUCUUGAGGAGGCCCUACUUGACAAGCGCACGAAAGAUCAGACAAUUGAGCGUCACGUUCGUACUGAAGCUGCCGAGCUACUCGCCUUGUACAAGCGGAUGUAUACCAACUUACCACUCCAUAACCAAACCAUCUCUACAUUCUGCACUAGAUUCCCUGCGUUAUCCUCAUCCAUACGCCUCACUAAGCACUGGUUUAACUCUCACAAGCUAUCAUGCCACUUUAACGAAGAGGUCAUAGAGCUGUUUGUUCUACAAGCGUUCCUCAAGCCAUAUCCUUGGCAAUCUCCCACCAGCGCCAUAACCGGGUUCCUUCGAACGCUUUUAUUGUUAUCGAGAUGGGACUGGCGCGACGAGCCCCUUGUUGUCGACUCAGCGGGAUCCCUUUCCACUUCGCAGCGAUUAGAAAUCGGUACCCGGUUAAAGGCCUGGCGAAAAAUCGAUCCCAAUAUGAACCGCACAAUUCUCUUUGUGGCUACGUCUCACGAUGUAAGUGGCAUCGCGUAUACUCACGACGGCCCGACCAAGGUCGUCGCUACGCGAAUGACUAGCUUGGCGCGAUCCGCAUGCAAGGCCGCUAAGGAGAAGGGAGUCGACCUCGGCAUGCGAAGCCUCUUCCAAUCCCCGCUACGCGACUACGACGUCCUACUGCAUCUGUCCUCGAAAGCACUUAAGAGUAUCUCCCGAGGCGAUGCAUCCAGGCGCUCGCAGUACAAGAACCUUGACGAGGAAACGGGGAUGAGAGCGCUUCCGCUGCUAGAGCCGCCUACCCAAAGUCUUCUCAAGCAGCUCAACACGAUGUACUCCAGCCCCCUGCUGUUUUUCCACGGCGGCCCGGAUGACACUGUGAUCGGAGGGCUGUGGAAUCCGCAACUGCAUCCGCGCGCGUUUACGGCGCAUAUGCCGUGUUCGCUUAUGCCUUCUAGGGGCGGUGAGGAUGCUGAUGGGGAGAGUGCAAUGUACGAGGUUAAUAGGAAUGCUAUCCUUGCGGAGAUCGCGCGGGUUGGGGGGGAUGUUAUUGAGAAGAUUGAGGUGGUUAGGGAAUAGUUGACUUUUUACUACCUACCUAGGUAGGUAGGCAUGCAUUGUUCUAAAAGGGUGAGGUGGCUAGAGAGUAUGGUUUGCAUAUACAGAUUAGGUACGUGUAGAUAAGCAUUAAUGAUGAUGAUACCAGUGUCUGGA